UUACCAUUAAUUCAUUAACUUUUUAUGCCCAAAAUCAUGUCACAUAUAAAUUAUAGUUCAAAUACAUCAGAAUCAGAUCUGAAUGAAAUAUCAUUUUCAUUAAUUGAUUCAAAUGAAGAGCAAGAAAUUAGCUAUGAAGAAGUAGAAGAAUUAAAAAAUGAACUGAUAUUCGAGACAGAACGACGAAGAGAAUUGCUAAAAAAUACACAAACAGUAGUAACCACAUCAGGAUCUUUAUGUUCAUUAUCUUUGUCAACUACAACAAUGGCGAUAACAUCAUCAUCACCACCACCACCACCCAUGUCAUCAUUUUCACCACAGAAACAAUUGCCACUGUCCAGUAGUCAAUUGACUUCAUAUAGUGAAACGAAUAGAAAAUGUUUGGCUACAACAAAACAUGAUCGUCGAAUGGCUAAACAAAUGACAGAGCGAAAACGACGUGAUCGUAUCAACGCGUUAUUAGAUAAUUUGAGGACACUUAUUUUGAAAUUAUUGCAUAAAAAUCCACGUCAUCAUCGGAAAUUAGAGAAAGCUGAUAUUUUAGAACUGGUUGUUUCGUUUCUUAAAAAAGAAUUACAUCAAAAUCGUUUUAGAACAACAUCGUCUAAUUCACAACAACAACAUCAGGACAACUGUAGAUCAAUUUAUUCAUUGCAAAAUUUAAAUUAUUCUUCAGGAAUUGAAUCAUCAUUAGCAUCUAUAGUUUAUCCUGAUAAUCAUAAUAAUUAUUAUCAACAUCGUUUAAUACCAUCAAUUCCACAAUCAAAUAAUCAAUUAACAAAUAAUUAUUAUUUUAUGAAAAAUCAUGAUAAUGGUCCAUCGAAAAUCAAUAAUUAUCCCAUUUCUAAUCAUAUUGAACAGAAUACUAAAAGUGUUUAUCCAACAAUAUCAUAUCAACCAUCGUAUAAACAUCAACAUCAAUCAAUACCGUCAUCUCACUAUUCCCAAUCAACAAGUUAUCAACCAAUUGUAUUUACGUCAACAGAUGAUAUGAAUAAGGAAAAUCAAUUGAUAACUGGUGUUGGAAAUCUGCAAAACCACACGAAUACACCAAUAACAAAAGAUUUACAUUAUUAUCCGACGUGUAAUUAUGACGAUUAUACAUUUGAACAAGAUGCAGUCCGUCAACCAUUGAACAUAUUGAAUAAAGCUAAUAGCUUCAUUGGUCAAAACAACUGCUACUAUUCAGAUUCUAAAAUAAUCAACCAAACAUGUCACCAUCAGAUUCAACCGACUACACACUCGAAAAUUUAUCCAGAUAUAUUAAAUAGUCAUUUAAAUUAUAAACUAUUGCCAAUCAAAGAUGAGAAUUAUUCAAAAUCGUACCCAUACAAUAAUUACGAUGUUGGUAACCAAUCAUUUCGUAGUGUUAUUAAUCAUGAAAAGAACAAUAGUAAUGAUAAUAAUAGUUCAGUUUUCACCUUUGGUAAUGAAAGACUAAGUUCAAAAGAAACGACAAGUUUUGAAAGACUAUGGAGACCAUAUGUUUGAAUUUUAAUCCGUCUCAUUUAUAUUUAUGAAGCGUGAUUAUAAGCCAUCAAUUUAUUUGUAAUUAAUCAUUUAUUUACUAAUUUUUCUACUGUUAGUUUAAAAUAGCUAAUACAUAGAAUGUCAACAAUUUAUUGCACAUCAUACACUGCCCCAUUUUCUUGUCUAUUUUGUAUGAGCUACUGAAAAAUAUUUGAGUAGUGUGAAUUUACUUUUGGAAUAUAUCUGUAUUAAUACAACGACUAAUAUAAGUAAUCGGUUUC